AACCCACUGAGCCACCCAGGCGCCCUGAUCCUGCCGGUAGCUGAGCCGGUUUCGGGUGAAGAGGCUCCGUCGGCGAUGUUAAAAGCAGUUCCUGUGACGCAGCUGUGAUUUCUCCGCAGAAACCUUGUGAGAAAGAAAUCUAGAGGACGACGCGAAAGCAGAAAUGGCUGGGGGCGCCGGACAGCUGAACUUUAGGGAUGUGGCCAUAGAAUUCUCUGAGGAGGAGUGGGGACGCCUGACCCACACUCAGCGGCAACUGUACAGGGAUGUGAUGUUAGAGAAUUACGGACACCUCGUCUUCUUGGGCCUCAUUACAUCCAAGCCAGACUUUGUCUCCUUUUUAGAACAAAAGAAGCAGCUCUGGGAUGUGAUAAGAAAGGAGACAGUAGUCAUCCAUCCAGGUAGGUGGGAAUGA